UUCAUAUAAUUUUAUGUCAUAAACUUAAUCUGUGCAAGAAAAUAAUAACCGGAAAAUGUCAAGUAUUGUGCGUUAUUUUAAAGAAGUUGGUUUACUACCGAAGUCUAUGGCACGAAAUAAUGAUUCCUGUGAAUUACUCAGUUUAAUCAAUGAAACUACUUUUGUGCCUGAAACAGAUUUCAGAGGAAUACCCGAAAACCUGUUAAUUGCUACCGUUUGUUUUCUGGUUCUUUUUGCUAUUUUUCUCACUUUCAAACACAUGGCGUGGGAGGCGAAAACUGAAAGUGACCACAACAUCUAUCACGUGAAAUGGUUUGAAUUUAUGUAUACAGACAUGUGUGAGUUUAUAAAUCCGGAGAUAUUGGAAGAAAUUGGAUGCUCCUAUAAACCCAUUGAUCAGACUAUGACGUAUGCAGAAAUGCUUCGAUACAGCUUCUUUGGUUUAAAGCAAAGUGACCAAUGAAAAGAUGUGGAAUCGAUGCUAUUCAAUAUUUAUCUUUUCUGAAACACUUAAUAGCAUAUAAUAUAGUUAAUACAGUCAUUUGUUUAACAUGUGUUUUGCCAGCCAAUUUGCAAGGAGAUAUGACUAAAAGCCUCUUUGGGUGUACUACAGUUGGUAAUUUAGAUCCUGAAUCUCCUCUUCUAUGGAUCCAUGUGAUCUCAUCUGCUUUCCUUUCCAUAGUGUGUUACACGUUAAUUCGGAAUUAUUCUCGGAUUCUAAAUGUUUGCUCCAAGAGUAAAUACGCAGAUAGAACUAUUAUUAUCAAACGACUACAGGAAGGAAUUUGUUCUUCAGAGAAAAUAACUGAAUAUUUCAACAAAUCUCUACAAAAGGACGCAGUUGAAGACGUAAAACUUUUUUACCAGUACCGACCAAUAAUUACCUUGAAUAGAAAAUUGAGCCAUUUAGAAGAAGUUUUAGAGGUUUGCAAUCAGAUCAGAAAUACAGAGUUCCGAGAAGUUAUGGUGAAAAGGCAGUGUUGGUGUUGUCUUUAUUACUUCAAAAUUCACUGUAACUGUGAACAGGUUAACGGUAUUCAAUAUUACACAGCCCAAAUGAACUUGUACAGAAAGUCUAUUGCAAAGGAAUUGAAUGCAUUGCCUAAGAAAAUUCUACCCAUGGCAUUUGUCUCUUUCAGCCAGGAGCAUUUAACUGGAAAAGCAAAAGAGCGGCAGAAGAGACUGGAACCUACCGAUCCUAUGCGACCAUGCCUUAUUCAUCCAGCGCCCAAUCCUAAUAACAUUUUAUGGGAAAAUAUGAAACAUUCGGAGAGAUUGUGGGAUAUUAGGACAAUGACGAUAAACACCGUAGUAUUACUCGUAGCGCUGUUCUUAACAACUCCUGCGGUUAUUAUUGCCAGCUUGGACUUGGAUCAAUUGUCAAAUCUUUCGGGAAACUCCGUGUAUGGGAGUAUAAUUUUUUCUAAAGUCUUACCAACGAUCCUUGCCUGGAGCCUUUCUAUGAGUAUAUAUUUUUUGGUGUCAAACUCCUCACAAUAUCUCCAUUUUGGUACAAAAUCCGCCAUGUGCAGAUCGAUAAUGAAGAAAACAUUUUCCUUUUUGGUACUGACUGUCGUAGUUCUUCCCUCUCUUGGGUUAACCAGUCUAAGUGCUUUCAUCUUAUGGACUGUAUCUGAAGAUAAUACGAAAUACAGUUGGGG